AUGUUUAACUUUGAAUAUUUAAACUAAGCCUUUUAUACUCUUCAUGACGAUAUGAUUGGAACCUUUUUUGUUUCAUUAGUUAUGAAUAAGGUUAUGGCUGAAAUUAUAAAGGAGCUACAAUUUAUAAACUGUAGUGAAUUUCUGAGAUUAUUAUUUUAAAUAAUGAGUAUUAACAAUAAAAAUUAUCUCUUAGAAACCUUUCCUAAUUAUCUUCAUAUUCAACUUGAUUAAUUGGCAGAAAGAGCAAAUAACCAUGAUAAGUAGAUUGUAUAUUUUAAGUUAGGCAUGAGAGAAUAAAAUAAAUAAUAGAGUAUUUUUGUGAACUAAAAAAUUUGGCAAUGGCUUUGGCAACAAAAUUAAAAACAUAAGAAGGGUUUAUGUUAUAUUCUAAAAUAAUUUCAGAUGACUACAUAAUUGAAUUUAAAGAUAUUCAAUCAUGUCAUCAAAGAAAAAAUGAAAUUAUCUAUUUUUAAGCUUGGGUAUUUGCAAACUUAAACCAAGUAUUUAUAAUAUAGAUGUUUAGAUUGACUUGUAUUUGUUAUAAACAUUUUUAAGAUUCUAAUGUAUUUUAGUGUAAUUUGAGUGCAAAAAAUAUUUCGAAAUCUAAAAUUUAGAUUAUAAAUAGAAGUAUGGAGGUGAUCUUAUUAAAAUAUUCUUGUUGCUUUAAACUUAAUAAUAAGAUUAUCAAAUGAAACCUGAUAGUUUCUUUUAUUGUAUAAUAUCAAAUUGCAAAAGUAAGAAUAACUAAUUCAUAACUUAUCUAAAUAAAUUUUUUAAAGGGAAAAAUAUGUAAUAAUGCAAUGCUUUUCUUGAUGAAUAGAAAUAAACUUAAAAGGUAUCAGCUGAAAAAAGAAGACAAUUUAAGAAAUUCAAAGAUGAUGAAAUAUCUAAGAAAGAUUCUUUAAAAGAUUCAUAAUAAAUGUCUUAACAAAUAUCUUAAUAAAUUUCAUAAUAAAUAUCUUAAAUAAUUCCUUAGACUUAAUAAACUUCAAAAACAAUAGUAAGAACUUAAUCAUUAAUUUAAUAUAAAUCAAAUGAAUCAUUAAAUCAAUUCAGCAAACCAUAGUAAAAUUCAAAAGAUAUCAUUACAAAUAAUAUCUUGAGACGACCAUCAAUGACUACAAGAACUAUAAAAGAAGGAAUAAAUCAUAAAUAUAAGGUAAUUUUGUUUUAUUAAUGAGAGUGAAGCGAGAAAAUGAAUUUAGACAGUAGAGACAGUUGCAGUAAGAAGUAAGCAAACAAAACUUUUUUAAUGAAGAAGUGAGAAGUAGAAAGGUUGAAAAUGAUAAAAAACGAGUUAAUACAUGUUGGAAUUCUGAUUGUUUAGCACCAGAAACACCAGAAUUAUUUAGUGAUUGAU